AUGGUCUCCCCUGCCUCGCGAAAACUCCCGGUAGGAGUCAACCAGUUGCCCAUCGUGGCGGCCACACAAGAAGCUCAGAACUUCCUGCUCCGAGGCGACCCGGCUUUCGACCAGAAUGGCGCCCAGUAUCACCACCGCUCCGUCAGCCAGAGCGGCGACUACGGCGCUGAAUACGGACAGGCCUAUCCCCAGGCAUCAUUAACACAGGCGCCCUAUGCCCAGCCUACAUAUGCCGAAAACGCGAGCCUUCAUCAAGACCCAGACACAACCGGUGCUGCAGGCGGCACUGGUAAAAAGUUUACUUUCCUAAAGGGCAGAUGGCCCACAACCUUUCUUGCCAUCACCGGUAUCCAGGCUCUCAUCAACCUGGCAUUUGAAGCCUAUGUUUUCGGCAAAUUUCAGCUGAGCUUGGGUGACUACAUCACCGAUCCCCAGGUUCAAUCUCAAUACAAGACAAUCCCUACCUUUCUUACUCUAUUCAUCUUCGGUUUCCUUUACGAGUUGAUCAUCGUCCUGGAUGCGCUACGUCUGAAGAACACCAUUCAGAUCAUCGGUGUCUGUAUCGCCAACCUGGCUCUUUUGGUUUAUGCGGCCCUCCAGAUUGAGCAGAUUCAGGUCGCCCUCGGAAUUCUGGAAGACCACGGUUCAUUGGAACAGGGCAUCACCUCUGCUAUGCUCUGGGACGAUAUCAAGGCUUACCUCAUUGCCUCCCCCGUCAUCAUUGCCGUUGCCACCAUUGGCAUGGUCUAUGUUGCCUGGAAGCUCUACCAGCAAUUUGCCUGGGACAUUCUCAAGAACAUCGGUGCUGAUUAUCGCAUGAAGAAGCGAUUCCUUCACUACCAGAUUUACAUCGCCCUGCUCAAGUUCGAUUUCUUCUUCUUCCUGGGUUUCAUCAUUCAGUUUGUCGUCGUCGUCGCUCAAAAGACGGAUCCCGAAUUCGCUCUCACGAUUGCAACCAUCCCCGUCACGAUUGCCAUUCUGAUUGCUGCCGCAUUCUUCACCCAGCGCGAGAACAAGCCCGGCAUGAUCGUCGUCAUCAUCCUUUACUUUGGCGGCCUUUCAUACUUCAUCUUCAAGCUUUUCCGUAUCUACGAACCCAGCCGCGCUCAGUCCUACAUGGCCGUUCGAAAGUCCCUCACAGCGUUCGCCGUCAUCACCAUUCUGCUCAUCAUCAUGACCAUCAUCAACGCCAUCAUCUGCAUGCACAACUUCGGCUCCGGCCUCAAGGCCCACCUGAUGGCCCCACGUAGAGUUGACGAGAAGACCGACAUCAACUCAUUUGGCAUGAACGAUGUCAAGACUCCCAUGGCAAACCGCAUGACCAUCGACUAA